CUUGUUGUGAGCCUCAUGCCAAACCGCUGAUAGGGUGUAUAUGUGCUAGUGGUUUUGCUAGUGGACAUCUUGCACAGUUUGAGGCACAAUGUUGCGGUCUGCAAUGGCUUUCCAGGAGCAGUGCUGUGUAAAAGAGGAGUGUGGAGAUGAUAAUAUCACUGAGUGCACCGUUAAAACCGAGGAAUAUGAAACCAGCAUAGAUACAAUAACAAACGAAGAUAUUGCUGUGCAGCUGAAGGAGGAAGAUGAAGAGCAAAAGGUGUCAGAGGAAACACCCAAAAACACAGAGUAUAAUGAAGAAACCACAAAUCGAAGCUUUCAGAGGGUCCUUGUUUUAACAGAGGCAAGCAACAAAGACAAAACCACCAACAAUAAUUUGUACCACUGUCCUCAAUGUGAGAAGACUUUUGCUAAGAUGCAGUUUUUAAAAACCCACCUAAGAGUACAUACGGGAGAGAAGCCUUAUGGGUGCUUGCAUUGUGGGAGGAGGUUUUCUCAUCUAGCUUCGUUAACAGGUCACAGGAGAACACAUACGGGAGAGAAGCCAUAUCAGUGCUUUCAGUGUGGGAAGAGGUUUGCGCUUUCCGGCUCCUUGAAAUUGCAUGAGAGAAUCCAUACGGGAGAGAAGCCGUACCAGUGCCUUCAGUGUGGGAAGAGCUUUUCUAGACAUGCAUUUUUAAAAAAACAUCAGCGCAUGCAUUCUGGAGAGAAGCCCUUCUGUUGCCUUCAGUGUGGGAAAAGAUUUUCACAUCCGAGCUCCCUAAAAGAUCACGAAGGAUCACACAACGGAGGGAAGCCUUACAGCUGUUCUGAAUGUGGAAGGCAGUUUUCUCACCCGAGUUCACUAAAAGUUCAUGAGAGGAUACAUAGUGGCGAGAAGCCUUACCACUGCACUCAAUGCGGGAAGAAUUUUUCCCAUCUUACAUCGCUGAAAAUUCACGUUCGAAUACAUACUGGAGAGAGGCCAUACCAGUGCUCUCAGUGUGGAAAGGGUUUCUCUCAUGCAGGCUUAUUGAAGGGUCAUGAGAGGAUACACACUGGGGAGAAGCCGUACCAUUGCACACAGUGUGGGAAGAGUUUUACUCAGUCAAGUGCGUUAAAAGUUCACCAGAGGAUACAUACCGGAGAGAAGCCUUACCGGUGUUCAGAAUGCGACAAAUGCUUUUCUCAUCCAGGGUCUUUAAAGAUUCACCAAAGAAAGCACACUGGAGAGAAGCCUUAUCAGUGUGAGCAGUGCGGCAAAAGCUUUUACAGAUCAUGGUACUUAAAAGUACACCAGAGAAUACAUACUGAGGAGAAGGAAGUUACUCCUAGCUGAAUUUUUUUGCAUGGUUUGCAUUAGAGACAUCUAUUUAUUAUCUCCCUGACUGCUGUGAAGAGAGUUUUAAUCAUUUUGAAGCUGGGUUGGGUGAUGUAAUCAGAUAUUGACGAUGUCUAACAUGUGAUCGAUGUUAAGUGAGCAUCAUUUCUGCACCGCUGUAUGUAUGCGGUGUACCAGAUUCAAGUCUGAAAGUCUACACAUGAUUCAAAGCUGUCUUAUUGAGCUACAGCGCCAGAAUUCCGACUCAUUUAGCACUUAAAUGCAGCAUAAACAAUGGGCAAUUAAAAUACACCCGUGAGAUUUGGAAAUAUGUGCAGAAAUAUACUGUGCCUUCAGAAAGUAUUCACCCUCAAUGAUCACUUCUCUUUUGCUGUAUUGCAACAUCAAAUUUUAAGUAUUUUGCAAUAGGAUAUUUUUCUGCUCAUUUUGAGGGGCGUCUCUGCAGAAAUGUAGUAUUUGAAAUGAAAUGAAACUUGAAUGAGUUGUUUAACUGUCCUCAGAAUUAUUUCAAAAAUAAAAAGUCUAAAACCUGCUCAAGUAAUAAAGCAAAAAUUAUCAUUAGGGGGUGAAUACUUUCUGGAGGCACUGUAUCUGCAGAACCCUUGCUGUUUGAAUGCAGAAUUGCAAUUCAAAAAAAAAAAAAGUAAAAGACGCAUGAGUACGAGCAUGAAUAGGUGUACACAUUGUCUAGGAUUUUCUAUAAUUCUAUAAUAACUUCCCUUGCCGUUCAUCAUAACCUCUCCCUGGCUGAAGCAAAAGAAACACUCAUCAUGGUGUUAUUUGUCCUCUGGAAAAAUGUACUCUGAGUAACAUUAGUGCUUGAUCUAAUGUAUGACUAAAAAUAAUCUGUUGUAAUUGGAUAUCCUGAUUUUUUAAAAAGAUAUUGUUCAUUAUUUUUAGAUAUCACCCAACCCUGUAUUUUGAAACGUUUUGUGUAAAUCUUGUGUACAUGUACUAUUUUUGUGUAAAUGUUUCAUCUUUGUGUUUACUACUAACUGCAAAAUAAUGAGUUCUGUUAAAGCCUUAUGACUGGUGUAAAAAAAAAGAUAUGUCUACUGUAUAUUUUAAGUGAACAGAUUUUUCUGCAUUAGGAUGGCAGUGUAUUAAAUUAUUUGUAAGCGGUCACUUAUCAGUAUAGAGUUUACAUUUAUCAGUAUGGACAGUUUACAUUUUUGGAAAGAAAUACAGUGUAUUAAUUUCCAAAUAGUUGCCUUGGAAAGAAAAAACUGUAGAUUUCUUUAUUUGUGGAAAACAUAUUGCUAGACUGGACUGCAUAUAUUUACUGUCGUCACAUCCUAACACCUAAUUAAAGUGAUGUUUUUACAUGCUAUUUAUACAAGUCACAAAGCUGAGACUAAAAUGAUUUUAGCUGUUAGAGAUAUAAGGUAUUUUCGGCUUAGAGUACAUAAAACUAUCAUUGCAUCACGCUUAAGGUAUACAUAUUUAUGUAAUUUUUUUAUUUUAUGUUUACUGUUAUAAUGUUAUCUUUCUCCUAUAAAUCACAAUUCAAACCCCAUCUUUUUUUUUUUUUUUUAUGAAAUAUGUUGUAAUAUUGAAAAUCCCUUGAGGGCUGUUGAAUUUAAUAAUAAUAAUUAUUAUUAUUAUGUUAAGCUGAUCUGCUGAGUGGAUGGCAUUAGUUUGUUAAGGGUACUAGUGUACUUGUGCUUCAUUUGAAUUGAUAUCUGGUUGGAUAUGAUGAUAUAACAUAAAGCAGUUCUACUUGGAACACUUUAUUGGGAAACACUCAAUUGAAAAGAAUAAGCAUGCAAAAUGGAGUCUUUUUAACAGCAAGAGCAAAACAUCAUACCUUACUUACACACACACACACGUACACACUUUACAGGUUUACAAUACCAGUGGCUAAAGAUAUGUUCUGGGUUAAAACAGAUUAGGGGAAAACGUGAUGUUUCACAGCCUUGGCAUAGUCACUGUAAAGAUCACUAAUGAGCUUUAACCUAAAUAACUAAUGAGCGAGAGCAAAGCAGACCAGUGAUUUUAAAAUGGCACUGGGAGCUUUAAAGACAAACCUUACUUUGGGUCCUGUAGUGGACUGGGAACCGGUUUAAAAUGUCUGAUGUGGCCCCUCUUCAGUCAGCACAGUAGUUAUGACAUUUUGUAAGCAAGUUGUAAGCAAGGCAGAGAUAAGUACAGAAAAGGUUGAAAUGGAAUGAAGGAAUGUAUGAUUUUCAGCCAAAAAAAGAGUACAGGGACUUUAUGGUAACCAGGGACCCCAUUAACUGUAAAGUAAAUUUCACUGACCCUCUCAGGACAGAUUUAUUUUAUGAACAUAAUUUGUUCAAAUAUUAGGCUCAUUAUUUAAAUAUGUAUGUAUCUAAAUAUAAUAUUCUGGCUAUUUACUGGAGCCAUAGAGAGUUCAUACCUGAAUUUCAACUGUGCUAAUAACCCAGUAAUAGAUAUAAUAAUUUUCAUAAUUGUGUGUUAUGAUUUCCACUACUAUAUCAAAGUUUUAAAAAAUAUUCCCCUUGGUUAUGUUUCAUGGAUCAGUUUAUAAUUGCCAUUGUAGUUACCGUCACUAUGGUUCUCAAGUGAGGCAGGCUAUGAACUAAACAAACACAUAAAAUCUAUAUCUAACAAUCUAAAGGGUUUAAGACUUUAAGACUUUCUAUGUAAAACCUGUCUUCCCUUUUACAAAGUUUUAAAGUGUAACCAAUUUAGAAAGCUGGAACCCUUAACCAUCCAAAGAGCACUUGUAGCACUAAGCUGCAAAUGAAGCCAAAAUAAUGGAACAGUAGACAAAAGAUCAUGAUGUAGAGCUGCUUCAGGAGCAAGGAACAAGGAGGAAUUUAUAUGUAACUGCUGCCUCUCAGCGCACAACAAAGAACACCCUGAGUUCUUUCUUUUCCUUCAUCCUUUUAUAUAUCAUAUGUUGAUGCUUUAAUCUACACAUUCAAUGUUGUAUAUAGUCUAAUUACCUCUACACCGUGAUGUGAUGAGAUGACAAGCCAAGGAAUAUACCUUCUGUUUUAUAACAGAAUUUGUAUUUAUUUAUAUUUUAUUUAGCAAUCACAUAGCGGCAGAGACGAUUACUGAUUAAUAGUUGUAAUCAACUAACAAAAUUAGUCACAACGUCAAUCAGGCGUACAUCUUAAAACUAUUGAAAGAUGCCAAUAAUUUUGGAUUUCAUUCCUACAAAACCUUUAGGCUGUGCAGACGAGGUUGUGAAGUCAAUCUUAGAGCAGGAGUUACCCUUUUUAUUCAUGCUUUAAUAACUGCACUCAUGUUUAUACACCAAACACACCUAGGUUCUGUUUUUUGGAUGUAACCAUUAUAAUAGACUGCACUCCUCCAAGCAGAGAGCAGAUUAUAUGUAUCAAAUUCCAUGUUGAAAUAUAAUAUUACUACAAUUAAAAAUGUUUUAUUCCCCUUGCUCUCACUAAUCAUUGUGUUGCUGAAAAAAAAGUAAUGUAAAUGAAAAUGUCUUUUGGACACUAUAUUUAAUGGUUAAAUACAUGCAUGGGAACAUGGGGUCGGUUGUCUUCAGUCUGGAGGUCAUAUCUCUUAAAUUAAACAUAUAAUAAACAAACUUGUACAUAAUCAAAGCCCAGAGUGUCCUGCACAAAAUGAAUGGAAAAUUGUAACAUCGUUUUGUUAGGAUGAAAAGAUAUUCAGGGUGCAGAUGGUAUCAUUGCCUUCUCACAGCUCCGGCGUGCCCUGUGCUUGGGUUACUGUCUGUGCUGAGUUUCUGUGCAUGUUUUCCUCAUGUCUGUGUGGGUUUCCUUUGGCUUCUCCAGUUUUCUCCCACCUCCUUAAAACAUGCCAGUAAGCAGACUAGCUAAGUUAAAUUUCCUCUAGAUGUGAAAGUGUGUAUGUAGUGCUCUGUGAAGGACUGGAGUCCCAUCCAGGAUGUAUUCACGCCUCACUCCAAGUGUUCCUGGGAUAUGCUACGGAUCCACCAUGACCCUAAUCUGGAUAAAGCAGUUAGUGAAUGUGCUCUAUCCUGAAAGUCCUGGGCGAGUGUGUGAGAUGAUAUUCAGCGUGAGUUUGAAACAACCAACCUCAACAUCACCAUUUUUAUACCUUAAUAAAUACCUUAAUAAACCUAGAUAAACCUAUAUCUAGAGGAUACCUAGUCUUAGUAAAAGAAUAUUUUGCUUGAAUAUAAAAUUAAAAAGAAUUAACUAAAUUCAAAUCAAUUUACCAAAUUAGUUUUAAUAGCUACAAAGGCAUUUUAUACAGUUGUGUACUUCCAACAUUGUGCAACAGUUUGGGGAAGAACCACAUAUGGAUCUGAUGGUCAGGUGUCCACAAACCUUUGGCUAUAUAGUGUAUAAUAAAUAUAAAUGAGUAAUUUGACAUUUAAAUGUCGUU